AUGCGCCAAAUGCUUGAAUACCUUGAUAUUUUGGUGCCCAAAGGAGAUAUGGAUUCGCAAUCAAACUCUGGUGGUCGCGAAUCUAUUUCCGAUAUUGGCGAAAAACUUAGAUCACGUGUUGUGGUCGUCACCAUGUUACCACAGAUUAUGUCUACAAUUUAUCUCAUUUUUUGGCGUUCAUCCGACAUUGUGUCGGAUAGGCCAUCUGCUGGAACUUCCCUGGUCCGAGGGAUUUUUUAUCUCGUGCUUGACCUUGUCAUACCCAUUUUGAUGUUUACGCUUUUAUCUACUUUUGCAUUUAUUGAUAGACAAGCUGAAGAAGUUAAGGAAGCGAAUCAAACAAGAUCUGUGUUCCUGCAAACUAUCAGUCACGAAUUGAGAACUCCAGUUCACGGAAUUUUGGCUAGCACGGAAUUUCUUUCCUCUUCUUCUCUAAAUUCUGCACAACGAGCUUUAGUAUCUGCUAUCCACAAUUCUGGUGUUAAUGUCAUUCAUAUGGCUGAUCACAUCUUACGUGUCGCUAAAUCUGAUGACCUCAAUAUCAUGAGGGGAAUUACUCAUGAGACUAAACCUUUUGAUUUGUAUAAAGCAACUGUAGAAAUUACUGAUGGGACGGAGCUCCUGUUUGAAACUGAACAUAUAACUUUUGAAUUCGAUUAUAAAAUACCAUUACAUCAAUCUAUGUAUAUUGGUGAUGUCGGUAUAAUUAAACAAAUAAUUAUUAACUUGUUGGGAACCGUGUUGAGUCUUGGUCACCCUGAACAAGUUACGUUAACUGUUGAGAAUCAACUUAAAGAACCCACGGAGAAACUUUUUACUGUAGAAUUUAAUAUAAUUACAGACUAUAAAAUUCCGGAUCAAAGUGAAGAAAGUGAAGGAUCUAAUCAGGGAGCUUCGUACUCGGAAUAUUUAUCCAAGAUGACUACACAAAUUCGCUUCAUCCAGACACUUAUUGACGCGCUUGGUGGAUCUUUCGAGUUUAAUAAAUCAGAUUUUAAAACACCCUUUGUGAUUAAACUCGAUUUAACUUUGGCAGAUGAUGAUUUCGAUCCUAAUAGGAAUAUUAUACCAAUCCCUCAUCGUUAUGCCAUAAAGAAAUUUGAAGACAUGGAUCCAAGAAGUUUUCUUAGAAUUGGCGUUGUUCGAGCAUAUGAUAGUAUUGUUACACGGAAGAUCCUAACUUUUCUCCAGGAAUUUGAAAUGAAAUCAUUCAAAAUCGUUGCACCUGAAGAAAUUCCUUCAAGUGAUAUUAAUGUUGUUAUUUUUGAUUCGUCCGAAACUACCAAUGAAAUUAAUGAUACUAUAUGUAAAAUUUCUCGGGAGACACGUAUCUUUAUUAUUAGUAUUACAUUUCUUUUAAAGCACUUAAAAGUCUGUGAAGUGGCACAAAAAGUGGGAUUAGAUGAUUAUGUUUACUUUAUCGCCAAGCCUUUGACCAAUGUGAAACUUUGGAACGCGCUGCUUUCUGUGGCUGAUGCUAUAAAUAAAGGAUCUCGUAGUAUCGAAAGUGCAAAAAGUUUUGAGCAAGGUUCUCAAGAUUCUCAUCAAGCUGAAACGAGUGAAAUUUAA